AUGUAUCCAUUCAGAGCUUACCUUGAAACGCUACUCAGCUAUGGUCCUGCAGCCAAAGAAUCUCAGUUGACCAGUGGAAUGUGGUAUAAGGAUACAGCUGCGCAAAUGGACACUGCAGGAAACGAUAAUCAUGGCUACAUCAAGAGGAAAUUGUCAACAGCAACCAGUAGAUCUGUGGAAAUGAUGGGAAGACUCCAUUCUGACCUAUUUGCCCAGGAAAGAUAUCUUGUCAAUAAUGUGAACAUGAAAAUAACGUUAACCAGAAGUAAAGAUGUUUUCUGUUUGAUGGGAGAAGACAAAAAAUUAAAAGUUGUCAUCAAGGACAUCUAUCUAAACGUGAGAAAAGUUAGACUGAGUCCAUCGGUGAGACUGGCCCAUGCAAAAGCCCUGGAAAUAUCACGUGCCAAAUACCCAAUCAGAAGAGUUGCAAUGAAAGUAUUUUCUGUUCCAAGAGGAAAUCACAAUUUUGUAAAGGAUAAUCUGUUUCUAGGACAAAUGCCUAAGAGAUUGGUCAUCGGAUGUGUGGACAGUGAUGCCUAUAGUGGACUCAUCACCAAGAAUCCUUUUCAUUUUAAAGAUUUUGAUAUUAAUUUUGUUGUCCUGAACGUGGAUGGCAAACAAGUCCCCACCAAGCCUUUGCAGCCAAAUUUCACCCAGAAACAUUACAUCAGAAGCUACAUGGGUCUGUUUAACACUACCGGCAAAACGUUUCGUGACGAGGGUAAUAACAUCUCAAAGGAUGAAUAUGGCACUGGUUUUACCCUCUUUGGAUUUGAUCUGACACCCGACCUUUCAGAAGUGGGCACAUUUCAUCUUAUAAAAAAGGGAAACUUGUCUUUGGAAGUGCAUUUCGGAACAGGCCUACCCAAUACCAUCAACGUUGUGGUGUAUGCUGAAUUUGACAAUAUCAUAGAAAUAGAUCGUAACAGACAAAUUCUUUUUGAUUAUAGUGCAUGA